AGCUUCGGCUCACUGCGGGGGUUUUAUUAACGCUCUCAGGUUCAUGCCACCCGACUGGGGAUAAAAGAGAAUCCCCGAUUAUACUCAUUCUGUUCUUUUUAUUAGCGACCACCCUGCUUAAAAACUUUAAUACAUUACAUCAAGUUUGUUUUUUUGUUGUUGUUUGCGUGGCUUGUUUGUUGUUAGGGUGUUUGCGUGUUUAUUUAUCUGGACUGCAUGUAACUUAAUGUCCUGAUAAAAAUCUCCGCAGCACUCAGAUUUAAUUGCUUUUAAAUUUUAAAUACUCUGACCACGGUCCACAGACUCGAUCUCUCUUAGUUUAAGUUUAGAUGUGAGUUGAGAAGCGCUUUUCAGAGCUGAACUUCAGGCCACAGACUCUCUUCUAGACGUGCUAGGUCUCCUAUGUUAUAUCAGUCAGGCCUACUGAAUAACCAGCAGACGUUGAUUUUUCCUGUUUGAAUGGUUUACCUCAUUAUAUUAUUUACGUCAUAAUCUGAUUUUGACGGAUUUGGCGUCGGUGCGGCAAUAUCCCCAUUUGUUUUCCGUAUUAUAUAUCGCUCACCUGAGAGGUGUACACAGACCUGAGUGAGUUAAUGUGCAAAGGCGUAAGUUAGAGGUUGUGAAACAAACCGAAUUUUUGAAAAAGCUGUAUAGACUUUAAAACAAUGCUGUAAAACAACCACAUGUCCCAGAAUGCUGUGAGACAGGUUGUCGUUUUUGUCAGCAUUACAAGCGUGACAUUUCGGUCAGUUUCCCAGAGGUUGAAAAGGUCGAAUGGCUGAAUAAGAUCCUGUUGCAAGCCUGGCCUUUCUUUGGAAUGUUCAUGGAGAAGUUCCUGAAGGAGAAGGUCCAGCCAUCCAUCCAGAGUUCUAACCCUGCCCUCAAAACCUUCACCUUUACCAAAGUGCACUUUGGCCAGAAGCCCCUGAAGAUCACUGGAGUGAAGGCAUAUACUGAGGAAGUGGACAAGAGAGAAGUCGUCCUAGACCUGAAUCUCAGUUAUGUGGGUGACGUGGACAUUGAUGCUGAUGUGAAGAAACCAAUCACCGCUGGAGUGAAAAGUCUGGAGCUUCAUGGAAUGCUGCGUGUGGUUCUUCAGCCUCUGAUUGGCCAGUCUCCCCUGGUGGGUGGGAUCACAAUGUUCUUCAUACGCCGACCGACACUGGAAAUAGACUGGACAGGAGUGACCAACUUCCUGGAUUCACCAGCACUAAAUAACAUGACAGAAUCUGCCAUCUUAGAUGUGAUUGCCUCCUUGAUGAUGUUGCCCAACCGCAUGUGUAUCCCCCUGAUAGACCAGGUCAAGGUGGACCAAAUGCGCUUUCCCCUUCCUCGGGGGAUAGCUCGAGUCCACCUUGUGGAGGCCCAAGACCUGGUUGCCAUGGAUAGCUACAUGAUGGGGCUGAUGAAGGGGAAGUCAGACCCAUAUGCCAUCCUGAAAGUGGGCAGCACCCAGAAACGCAGCAAGACGAUCAAAGAGACACUAGACCCUUGCUGGCACGAGGUCUAUGAGUUUGUGAUCCAUGAGGCACCAGGGCAGGAGUUGGAAGUAGAGCUUUAUGAUGAAGAUACGGACAAGGACGACUUCCUGGGCCGCUUUAACCUGGAUUUUGGAGAAGUUAAGAAGUUGCGAGUUAUGGACAAGUGGUUUCCACUGGAAGGAGUGGAGCAUGGAAAGGUCCAUCUGAAUCUGCAGUGGCUGUCACUUCAAACGGACCCCAAACUGCUUGUGGAGACCCUGGAUGGCUGUUCUUGUGCUAUGCUUGCUGUAUAUGUGGACAGCGCCUCCAACCUGCCAAAGAACCAAAGUGAGUUCAGCCAUACUGAGAAGCCAGGAAAGCACCACAAGGAUACCAAGGUAACCAGGAGAAAUGCCAACCCGGACUCCUAUGUGGAAGUCUCCGUUGACAAACAGAGUCAGAAAAGCAAGGUGGUGUUUGCAUCCAAAGACCCUGUCUGGGAGGACUGUUUCACUUUCUUCGUUCAAAGUGUGACAAACCAGUCUCUUCACGUCCAGGUUAAACAGCACGAGAAGAAAACAUUACUCGGCACUUUCACGCUGCCUCUCGCUCGCCUCCUCACCGUCUCUGACAUGACGCUGGAUCAGCGCUUUCUGCUGGAGCGCUCGGGAGCCAACAGUCAUCUCAAGAUGAAAGCUAGCCUCAGAAUCCUGAAGCCAGAAAAGCCAGAGCCCAAAAGUAUGAGCCCCCCCCCUGCCUCUCAAACCCAGAAGACCUCAGAGGGGCAUCUGCAAAACACCGUUUCCACCCCUGGAAUGCAGAGCACCCCCAGUGCACUGCCAGAAGUCUCACCCAGUACCAUGACCAAUGCCCAUUAUGGUACUUUACCCAGUACCUCAUCCAGUACACUAAGCAAUGCCCAUCCAGAUGUCCUACCAAGCACCCCCUUGGUUAAUGCCCAAAGAAAGUUCCAAUCAGAGUAUACCCCCCGUCGGACCGAGUCGGCGUCCGACACGCAGUCGAUGCUCUCUUCCACGGCCAGCUCCAGAGACCUGUCGCACCUUCGUCAAUAUGACUCCCACAACAUUUUCUCCGAUAAAUCCAUGACAUCGUCGCGCUUCGACCUGACAGAGCCCUAUCCCGAGGCCAUCCUGAACCACCAGGGAGACUUCGGAGCGAUUCAUCUGACUGUGCGGUAUGCUGCCCUGAGGAAGAAGCUCAUCGUCGUCGUGAAUGCCUGCAGGAGCCUGUUUCCCUGCAGCGAUGAAGGGUCUGACACCUAUGUCCGUAUCUACCUGCUUCCUGACCAGUCCUGGAAACACAGGAUGAAGACGUCCGUAAGGAAAAAGACCAUGAAUCCGGUCUUCAAUGAGAAGUUUGAAUUUGCUGGAUCGAUUGAAUCGGUAAAGACCAGGAAGUUGGAUGUAGCCGUGAAAAAUAACAGCAUGUUCCGCAAACGUGAACGAAAGGACAUUGGGAUGGUGGUGAUUGAUUUAUCCGAUAAGGACCUAGUCAAAGGCUUCACUGACUGGUUUGAGCUGACCUUACCUGGGCUGAACAGGCCAGAACAGAGGGAAAUUUAAACCAACUUUCUCUGCGAGAAUGAAGACUCGAGACGUGCAGCUUCAUUCCACGUUUUCUCCUCUCCGUCUUUCAUUUCUGCCAUUUCUAGUCAUGCUCUUAUGUUACCCUGAAUUAAUUUAAAAGCAUUUUAUAGAUGGAAAAAUAAUUUCUGGAAUGUACAUGUGUUUAUUGUUGACUUUUUUCUGUACUUGUCUGAAUUUGUUUCUGUGUUUGAAAUUUUGAACAUGAUGAAUUUCAUAUUUGCUUUUUUUUGCAUGAAUAGCAUGCGAUUAUUUUAGAGGCAUAAAUUUGUAUGAAAUAUAUAUUAAAGUAUCAAAUUCCGGGAAUUUAGUCAUGCAGUGCAUGGCUAAAUAAAGUUCGGUGAGCAAUAAGGAGCAUAUAGUUACGAUUACCGUUGUUUACAUAGCCUUCCGCGUUCAAUGUACGUCCAGCCGUGUAUUUGGAUCACAUGAUAGCCGUCGCUGUGUCACUAGUGCGGGAUCAGAUGGCCUGUGUAACGUGUCAGUGUGCUGAAAGCUGUGCGGCUGCUUCCAGAACAUCCCUGGCAAGCAGAUUAAUGAAACAUUAACAAAAUGUUACCAGUCUGAAACGCUGGCACUCGGAAUUACAGGCAAGAGAGAUGAGGCAGCACCACAAACUCGGGGCUUAUAUAAAGACACUUUUACUGUUCAACCCUCUAAUCAUAUUCAGGAGGUUGGGCUACAAGUUACAUUUAUUCACUCAACUUUUUUUUGUGAUUUUUUUUUUUUUUUGGUCCAUUUGUGAUAUUUAUUAUUUACUUUUUCAGUCUGUCAUAUUGUUUCUAUAUCUGGGAUAUUCGGUUUAACAAUAACAAGCUCUGUGAAGAACAAGGUUACAGCAAAUGUCCACUGAAGAUCCAAACUGUUGUGAAACUGCACAUUAAAACUAUACAUAUGAAA